AUGGCACCAACAAAAAGGCAGACGACGCAGCCGUCUACUAUAAUGGCCUCUCUACUUAUGUCUUCUUUUGUUAUUGCCAUGGUUUUUGUUGUAAACCUCCCAUUGUCGACCUCGUCACGUGCCACCUCCCAUCUAGAAGACAUGCAUAAUAUUAUUCAGAAACCGACCGUCCAUGGCAAGACUCCACCACCACCAACAUCCACACACGGUGAGGCAGUACCAUCACCUCCAAAAACGCCGCCGUCAACAGUUCACGGAAAGACUCCUCCCCCUCCAUCAUAUGUUCAUGGCAAGACUCCACCACCACCAUCCAUCCAUGGCAAGACUCCACCAGCAAAGUCGCCAUCACCAUCACCAGCCCCGUCACCAUCUAGUGCCUAA